AUGACGGAUGCGGCAAAAAAAAAAUUAAAUCUUGAAAAGGCGGCAAAUUUUAUGCGACAAUACAGAGAUCCGACAAGUAGAGAAUUGAAAAAAUUAUCCGCAAAUCAAUUCAUGGAAGUCUGGAGCCACUACGACAAAGACGGUAACGGUUACAUAGAGGGAACUGAAUUAGAUGGAUUUUUAAGAGAAUUUGUUUCGAGUGCCAACGCGACCGAUGUCAGCCCCGAGGCCGUGAGCGAUUCGAUGUUAGUCGAAUUGAAACAAUGUUUUAUGGAAGCUUACGAUGAUAAUCAAGAUGGAAAAAUUGAUAUUCGAGAAUUGGCUCAACUUUUGCCAAUGGAAGAAAAUUUUCUUCUCCUCUUCCGGUUUGAUAAUCCUUUAGAGUCGAGCGUUGAAUUUAUGAAGAUAUGGCGAGAAUACGACACGGACGGAAGUGGAUUCAUCGAAGCAGACGAAUUAAAAAAUUUUUUGAGGGAUUUAUUGAGAGAAGCAAAAAAAAUAAAUGACGUGUCAGAAGAUAAACUCAUAGAGUAUACGGAUACUAUGUUACAAGUAUUCGAUUCGAAUAAAGAUGGACGACUGCAAUUAUCAGAAAUGGCCAAGUGA